CUUAAAUUCUACAAACUCAGUCAGAGAAAAGAGUGGUUGUUCUUCAGGAACAAUGGUUAUUUCCUCGAAUUCAUGUCUGGGCUUUAUCUGUUUAUUGUUAUGCCACUGGAUCAGGAUGGCAUCAUCCCUGAACCUUGAAGAUCCCAAUGUGUGUAGCCACUGGGAAAGCUACUCCGUGACUGUGCAAGAGUCAUACCCACAUCCUUUUGAUCAAAUUUACUACACUAGCUGCACUGACAUUCUGAACUGGUUUAAAUGCACGCGGCACAGAAUCAGUUAUCGGACUGCCUAUCGACAUGGAGAGAAAACUAUGUACAGGCGCAAGUCCCAGUGUUGUCCUGGAUUUUAUGAGAGCAGGGAAAUGUGUGUCC